UGCGUUUACAAUACAAUUGUUUGGAGUGGUUCCGUUACUCCGUAGGACAAAAGCAGACGCAAAAGGGUUUUCGGAAAUACGGCGGCCUGGGCAACGAACGAGCAGUGUAGAAAAUAUGGCGGAGGCGGCGAUUCUAGGGUUUCUGCAGAACCAUGAGCAGAUCCCAGAUUCCGGCCUGUUCGCCACCGAAUACAACCUCGACCACAGUGAUGUUGUCAAUGUCAUCAAGAGCCUCCAUGGUUUUCGUUACCUUGAUGCCCAGGACAUUAAAAGGGAAACAUGGGUGCUGACUGAUGAGGGGAAAAAGUAUGCCGUUGAAGGGUCACCCGAGGUACAACUGUUCUUGGCCGUGCCAGCGGAAGGUAGCAUAUCAAAAGAGGAACUCCAGAAAAUGCUAGACCCUUCAGUCUACAAAAUCGGCUGCUCACAAGCUGGGAAGAACAAGUGGGUGGAAAUGGGGAAACAAGUCUCAAGGAAGGUUCAACAUGUAGAAGACAAAGUGAAAGGUCUGCUUUUACAAAUGCAGGAAGGGAAGGAAAUUGGUAAAGACAGCAUUAGUGCUCUCAAAACCAGAAAACUUAUAGCACCACAGACAUGGAAGGGCUAUUCUGUGAAUAAAGGUCCUAAUUAUGCUCCCAAAAGAAAGAAAGUGGCCACGGACUUGACUCGGGAAAAUCUACAGAGGGGUGACUGGAAAGAGUUAGAGUUCAAGGAGUAUAAUUUCAAUGCUAAAGGACAGCCUGUUGAGGCUGGACAUCUCCACCCCCUUCUCAAGGUGCGGAAGCAGUUCAAAGACAUAUUUCUUCAGAUGGGAUUCGAGGAGAUGCCUACUAACAACUUUGUGGAAAGCAGCUUCUGGAAUUUUGAUGCUUUGUUCCAACCUCAGCAGCAUCCUGCCCGUGACUCUCAUGACACCUUCUUCCUAAAAGCUCCCUCAACUACAAGAACACUGCCGGAAGAUUAUGUUGAAAGGGUGAAAUAUAUUCAUGAGUCUGGUGGCUAUGGAUCAAGAGGGUAUGCGUAUGACUGGAAAAGAGAGGAAGCAAACAAAAACCUUCUUCGUACUCACACAACUGCUGUCUCUUCUAGGAUGCUUUAUGCACUAGCACAGAGACCUUUUGCUCCCAAGAAGUACUUUUCCAUAGACCGUGUUUUCAGAAAUGAAGCUGUGGACCGAACCCAUCUGGCGGAGUUCCAUCAGAUAGAGGGUUUGGUAUGCGACCGGGGUCUUACAUUGGGUGACUUGAUUGGUGUCUUGCAUGACUUCUUCUCACGUUUAGGAAUGUCCAAGCUACGUUUCAAGCCUGCCUACAAUCCGUACACCGAGCCAAGCAUGGAGAUUUUCAGUUACCAUGAAGGACUAAAGAAAUGGGUAGAAAUCGGAAAUUCUGGAAUGUUCAGACCCGAAAUGCUACUUCCUAUGGGCCUCCCUGAGGACGUACGUGUAAUCGCGUGGGGUCUUUCCCUCGAAAGACCGACCAUGAUAUUGUACCACAUCGACAACAUCCGGGAUCUCUUCGGUCACAAGGUGGAUCUGAAUCUCAUAAAACAGAAUCCAAUCUGCCGUAUCGGAAUCUGAGAGAGGUGGAAUUGGCUCGUUGGUGCCAAUCCAUAGAAUUGUUUUUGAUGGUUUCAUUUCAUAGUGCGCUCCUUCGUCCUGCUGCUGAGGAGCGACUUUGUGCAAAAUAGCAUUGCCACAUUCACAUUCACAUUCAGACGUAAACCGGCUUUAUUUAAGACAUUCCUGCACCCGGUUUAGAGUUUCUUUUUACGUGUUUUCGUUCUUCUGUGGGCAAUAUUUAUAUAGUGAAAUUUGUGUAACAUUUCUGUACUCGUGCUGGAUUUUGAUGACAGGGAAGCUAAUCGAAAGGUUAAAAAACUUCA